AUGAUCAAAUGGGGAAUCAUUCCCGGUAGACCCUUGUUGGCGCCCCCCUCUUUUCUCCUCUCCAAAUCCUUCCGGAUGGAGCAGAGAGGAGAGCACCAAGAGACGACAGCGGGGGACACGGGCGCAAGCGAACAGGUUCGUGGGACUGCUGUCAAACCCAUCCAGCUUGUUGAGAGAGCCAGUCAGCGGGCCCUGUCCACCACGAUGACGGCUUGCGGGCGGGGCGCUGGCCCGUUUCCAUCGCCAAGGGCCAGAAUAGACGAACUACUGGUGAGUAUCUCAUCUGUAGCUGGUAUUGAUGGCAAGGAGGGCUCCACCGGCGGCGUGGAAGGGUUCUCGUAUCUCGGUACAGUGAAGAUACGAAGGCUGAAGGAUGCCAACCUAAAGCAGAAAAAGAAAAGAAAAACAGAAAACGGCUCCAACGGGUGGAUCCAUGUCCCUCUCCCCUGUCCGCCACCAGCGGCAGCACCAGCAGCGGGGCCAGUGACAGCAUCAGGACCAGCACCCAGGCUCUUCACGCCCGUUGAGGAUCGAAGCCAAAACGGUUUCCUACCGAUCGGGAACCAUAAUAAGUGGUCCCCGAGCAUGAAGCCCGAGAGCUCUUGUCCAAUCACAGGAGCUCAGGGGUUAGUCCAGGAUUGCCUGAGAUGGCAAAUUUCAAACAUCUACAUGCACCAAUACCUCCGUUUGGACCCUGGUCCGCGACUACUCACGAUUACUCCUGAUAUUCUCAAAUGGCCGUCCUGCAGCGAAGCCUUUCCGCGUGCUAGUCCAUGCGCCACUCCGGUCCCCCCUCUCUAUAUCGCUCUCGCUCUUGGUGGAUACACCGUGCAACAGCCUAAAGUAGGGCAUGCUCUCCACGUGAUGCGCUCGGGCCUCCCCCCGCUGCGCAGCGUGGGAGGCCCGACAGUCAGGAAGCAGCGGCGGAUGCGAGGCCGUUCGGUCCACCUUUAA